CAGUGCGCAGGCGCCGCGGGGAGGUAAACACGGCUUCCCGCGUCUCCGCCAUGCGCUAUGCCUGGCCGCUGCGGAGACGGGGACGUAGGCGGAAGACGCGUGCUUGUGCGCAGGCGCGAGCGCGGCCUCAAGCCCCAACAAAGGGGAGCCCAUCCUCCUCUCGGGGACUACACCUCCCAGCAGAAUUCGCGCGGCGCGUGGCAUGCUGGGACUUGUAGUCCCUUCUCCUUGAAAGCCGCAGGGGAGUUCGCUGCGAGCUUGGCCCCGGGAGCCGGCGGCGUCCUGAUGCGGGCGCCCGGCGCGGAGCCCGGCCUGGAGCCCGGCCUGGCGGCGGCUCUGGAGCGCUAUCAGCGGCGCCUCCGAGAACGCGCUAAUGAAAGUAUCCAUCAACUGAAAUAUGCCUUGGAGGAAAGACAGUUUGCAGAGUGUAAGGAUGAAGUUGGGUUUGAUGAGUCCUCCGUGGACAAGGGCAAUGAUGAUGUGGACCAUGGCAAUGAUGACAGUGAGAAUUCAGCCUGGCAGGAUCUACAGCACAGUCACGCAGCUAAUCAACUUAAAAUUUUGCUGCAACAUCAAGAAAGAAUGGAAAGUGACGUCUCCCCAUCAAGGAGGAAGAUGCUGUUCUGUAAACCCCCAGAAGCUGCAGCUGAAGAUUUACCAGACCUUUCUGAUCUUGUUCCUAUAAUUAACGAUCAGUCUCAGUACAUUAACCAUUUAGAAGCAGAAGUGAAGUUUUGCAAGGAGGAACUGUCUGGGAUGAGAGAUCGAGUUCGAGUAGUUGUGCUUGAAAAUGAAGACCUCCAUCAGAAACUGAAAUUUCUGACUGCAGAACAUACUUUGAGAGAACAAACUCUUCUAGAUGCCUCGGCAAAUACUCAGAACUCCUGGCCUGUAGGUGGUAAUGACUACAGUCUGCAUCAGCCAGUCACCUCAUCCACAGCAGACAACAAAAAUCCAGCUUUGGUUACAGCAUCUGUUGGAGAAAUAGAAAAAUGGCAUGUAGAACUGGAGAAACUAAAACUUCUUUAUCAAGAAAAAGUCAAUAUCCUUGAUGCUCAAGUAAAAUCUCUAAGAAAAGACCUUUCAGAAUCUCAGAAGACGUGUGAAGAUUUGGAAGGAAGGCUAAAACACCAGAAGUCCCUUGUUUCAGCCACACAUUCUAGUCGGGUUGGUGGUCUGUGUCUGAAAUGUGCACAGCAUGAGGCAGUUCUUGCACAGACACAUUCUAAUGUUCAUGUGCAGAUCAUCGAGAGGGUAACAAAAGAAAGAGAUGACUUGAUGGAUGCACUUGUUUCAGUGAGACAAAACAUGAAAGAGAUGCAGCAAAGAGAAUCUAAUGCUUAUGAGCAAGUUAAACAAGCUGUGCAAAUGGCAGAAGAAGCCAAUCUAGAAAAAACAAAGGCUCUAGUUCAAUGUGAGCAACUGAAAAGUGAGAUGGAACGCCAGAAGAAUCGUCUUGAAAAGGAGUUAGCUGCCCAGCUAAAUAAGAGGACUGAUGAAAAAGAAGCACUGCGGGAAGAAAUGAAGAAAGAAAGGGAGGACUUGGCAGCAAUGGUGACAGCCAUGUCUGAGAAUGUCGCCAUGUUAGAGGCUCAGGUAGAGAGAAUUACAAGAGAAAAGAACUCUCUGGCUAACCAGUUAGAGGAAUCACAACAUCAACUUGCAUCUCAUGAAACAGAGAUGAAUAAGGUGUGUGGAGAAAUGCGCUAUCAGUUGAAUCAAACCAAAAUGAAGAAGGAUGAGGCAGAAAAGGAGCUCAGAGAGUACAGAACAAAAACUAUAAGGGAGCUUGAAAUUAAGGACCAGAAAAUAGAAAAACUGGGAUUAGAGCUGAAUGGAAACAAACAGCGUUUGAAACAAGCCCAGCAGGAUGUGACAGAAGCCAGAGAGGAGUGCCUAAAACUGACAGAACUGCUGAGUAAAUCUGAACACCAACUGCACCUCACCAGACUGGAGAAAGAGAGCAUUCAGCACAGCAUUAGCAAUGAAGCAAAGGCCCGAGCCCUUCAGGCCCAGCAAAGAGAGCAGGAGCUGACACAGAAGAUGCAGCAAAUGGAGGCCCAGCAUGAGAAAACUGUAAAUGAACUGGACUCAUUGCUGACCUCCCAGAAUACAUUCAUAGCAAAAUUAAAGGAAGAAUGUUUUUUGUUGGCAAGAAAGUUGGAACAAAUAUCAGAAAAAUACAGAUCUGAAGUCAACCAGCUUAGUCAGGAAAAAGAGUAUCUUCAUGGCAGAUUGGAGAAGAUGCAAAAACGGAAUGAUGAAUUGGACCAACAAUGUAUUCAGCAUGGGAGAAUGCAUGAGAGGAUGAAGUCAAGGUUGCACCAGCUUGACAAGCACUGCCAGGCCACUGCCCAGCAGUUAGUGGAGCUACUCAACAAACAGAAUCAGCUCUUCAAAGAGAAGCAGCUGCUAACAGAAGAGGUGCAGUUUCUGCGAAACCAGAAAAAAGAGGAAGAAAGAGAAAUAGAGAAGAAAUGGGAUGCAGAUCUCAAACAGGACACAGAUGGAAUCAAGUAAAAACCUGGAUGGAUAAAGAGAAAUGAGCAUAAUUCUCCUCUGCACCCGUCUGAAACUUGGGCUUGUUUGAAGCUCACACAGAAAAACGUUCGCAGAAAACAGACACGCUGGCUAAUUUCAACCGGUUUAUAUUUGUUUUUAACUACAGAAUCAUAAAUACUUUGAAACAUUACUCACCUACCAAACUUUCUAGGAAGACAGCUGAGACUUUUCUAAGAAAAAGGCUAUGAUUGCAAUUCAGUUUUAACAGCUGUUAUGAAGCAUCAACUUAAUUCAUAAUUUGUACACUUUUUUAUAAAAUGUUUUUAUCUAUUUUUGUAAUUUAACAUAGAUGUCUUAUUUACAGAUGGCAAUACCAAUAAAUUUAAUUUGAUUCGUUA